AUGUCUCUUAAAAACCAAAUCAUUGUUGUUGGUGGUGGCCUUUCUGGUCUUUCAGCUGCUCACACCGUUUACGAACAAGGUGGAAAUGUACUCUUGCUUGAUAAAAAUCCUUUUUUUGGCGGUAACUCCACUAAGGCUACCUCUGGUAUCAAUGGUGCUUUGACGCGUACACAAAUUGCUUUAGGCAUCCAAGAUUCUGUUGAACAAUUCUUUCAAGAUACGCUUAAAUCUGCACGUGAUUUAGCUCGUCCUGACCUUAUUCGUGUCUUGACUGGUCGUUCUGCCAGUGCUGUCGAAUGGUUGCAAGACAAGUUUGAGCUUGACUUAUCCCUUGUUUCUCGUUUAGGUGGUCACUCUUUCCCUCGUACCCAUCGUGGUAAAGAACAGUUCCCUGGUAUGACCAUCACCUACGCCUUGAUGGAAGGAUUGGAAGAACUAGCUGAAAAGCAGCCCAAUCGUGCCAAGAUCAUCAAGAAGGCCAAAGUUACCAACUUGAUCAAGGAUGCUGAAUCCAACGUGAUUGGUGUUGAAUACGUGAUGGUUGGUAAAGAUGCCACUGGUGAAGUCUUCAAGGAAUACGGUCCUGUUAUCCUUGCUACGGGUGGUUAUGCUGCUGACUUUACUGAAAAUUCCUUGUUACAAAAGCAUCGUCCUGAACUCUACAACCUGUCUACUACCAAUGGCGACCAUUGUACUGGUGAUGGUAUCAAGAUGGCUGCUGCUAUUGGCGCUAGUACCAUUGAUCUUGAAAAGGUUCAAGUGCAUCCUACUGGUUUAGUAGAUCCUAAGGAACCUGAUGCUAAAGUCAAGUUUUUGGCUGCUGAAGCCUUACGUGGUUGUGGUGGUAUCUUGCUUGAUGCUGAUGGCAAGCGUUUCUGUGAUGAACUAGGCCACCGUGACUAUGUGACUGGUAUGAUGAACAAAAACAAGUUUCCUAUCCGUCUUGUCUUAAACACUGCUGCUUCUAAGGAAAUUGAAUGGCACUGCCGUCACUAUGCUGGUCGCGGUCUCAUGAAGCGCUUUGACAAUGGCGAAGCUUUGGCCAAGGAAAUGGGCAUCAGUCCUAAACAACUUGAACAGACCUUCGAGACCUACAACAAGAUUGCCGAGGGUAAAGAAAAAGACCCUUGGGGCAAGCGCUUCUUCCACAAUGUGCCUAUCAAGAUGUCUGACUACUUUUAUGUUGCAUUGAUGCAGCCUGUUCUUCAUUAUACUAUGGGUGGUGUUGAAAUCACUCCUGAUGCUGAAAUCAAAUCUACUGAUGGUAAACCUAUUUCUGGUUUGUUCGCUACUGGUGAAAUGUGUGGUGGUGUUCAUGGCGCUAACCGUCUUGGUGGUUCAUCUCUGCUGGGUUGUGUUGUCUUUGGUCGUGUUGCUGGCCAAUCUGCUGCUAGACACUUGUUCUCUCAACUCGUCAACAAAUCCCAAGUUGCUCAACAACGUUUGGGUGCUAUUGGUCAACACUUGAACGGUGUAUCUUCUGUUCCUCCCAAUACUAGUGCUCCUGCUCCCAAGCAAGAAGAAGCCAAGAAGACUGAAAAACCAGAGAAAAAGAUGGGUGAAUACACACUUGCUGAUGUUGCAAAGCACAACAAGCCUGAAGAUUGUUGGGUCGUUGUUAACGGUCAAGUCUUGGAUGUGACUGAUUUCCUUCCCGAUCAUCCUGGAGGCAAGAAGGCUAUUCUUAUCUAUGCUGGUCGUGAUGCUACUGAAGAAUUCAACAUGAUGCACAAACCUGAUGUAGUUCAAAAGUAUGCCCCUAAUGCUAUUAUUGGUACUCUUAAGAAGUAA